AUGCAUCUGCUGUCAAGGUUAUCAUGUUCAACAUUCAGGUUAGAUUUAUUUUCAAGACGAAUUUCAGGCUAAUUUUUCCGCAUUUUCCAGAUUUGCUCGACAAGUCACAACGAAGGUUAGAGAUAUACGGGCGGACAGAUUUGUAAGUAUUUGAGUUUUUAAUUAUUUUCCAUGGGAAAAAAUAAAUUCGCACAGUUUUUAGAGUCCACGAUAUCAAGAAAGUAAUGCACAAUAUUUAUUGAGACAUACGACUGGAAAAGAUUUGCGCGAGAUUUAUCGGAUAGCGAAACCUUUCAGAAAAUUGGUUUUCAGUAAGUUAUUUUCAAAAUUUAACAGUUUUCUAAUUUUCAUUUUAGUGGGGACGGGAUUCAUGAUUAUAAGUGGUGGAAUUUUUCUGAUAAUUCCUCGAAUUCUUGGAAAACUCAUCGACAAAUAUGGAAAUCAACAAAAUCUAACUGAAGAAGAUAAUAGUUUGACAAUGAAAAUUGCCACGUAUUUCAAAGAGAAUCCGAUCGCUUUGGCGGGACUUUUGGCAACUGGAGCAGUGGCGACCGCAGCUAAAGUUUAUUGUCUUCAAAUCGCUGGCGUCAAAUUUAUCCGUGCGUUACGAAGAUCGGUUUUUAGUUCUGUUCUCAAACAAGAUAUGCGAUUUUUCGAUAAGAAUAUUGUUGGAGAAAUUGGUUCGCGACAUUCUGCUGAUACAAUUAUUGUUGGAUACAGUGUUUCAACGAGUUUAAGAGGCGGUGUUCGAGCAUUAUUGAUUGGUAUUGGAUCAGUUGUUGCCAUGUUUAUGACAUCAACCGAAUUAUCAAUUGUUUCCUGUUUAACUGCACCGAUUGUUCUUGGAUUAUUCAGAAUGUUCGGUAAAAUUCAACAGCAAUGCACGUGGCAAUUACAAGAAGUUAUUGCAGAUAUCAACAGAGUUUGUGAUUUCUUGAUGGCUUUUCUCGAAUCAUGAAUAAUCUUUUUUUAGAUGGCUGUUGAAAGAAUGACUCAUGCUAAAACCCUUCGAAUGAUAAGUGCUGAACAAAGAUCGAUUGAUGAAUACAUAAGAAAAGGUGAUAUAGUUGUUGAGAUUUCGAAAACUGAAGCUUUGGCGAAAGGAAGUUUGAUUGGAUCGUUCCAAUUUACUGCAUAUUCGGCAUUCUCCUCGAUUUUAUUUUAUGGUUCACAUCUUAUAAAUAUCGGAGAAAUCAGUUAUGGAGAAUUAUCGUCUUUUUGUUUGUAUGCAGUUAUGGCGACUGCAAGUUUGUCGAAUAUUUCAGGAUUUUACAAUGAAGUUAUGAAGGUAUUCAAUAUUUUUGGUAUAACAAAAAUUUACCAGUUUUUUAAAGGGAAUUGGAGCAUCUUCUAGACUUCUUGAUUUACGAAAUGCCGAACCUGGAAUGAAACUGGAUGAAGGGAUUAAAAAGACAAAUAUUACUGAUAGAGUGCAUUUUGAGAAUGUUAGCUUCACAUAUUUCGACAGGAAAAACACUUUGGAUAACAUAACUUUCGAUAUUCCUCGUAAUAAAAUCACAGCUGUAAUUGGGCCAAGUGGAAGUGGAAAAUCGUCAAUUGCAAGACUUAUGUUGAGAUUAUACGAUCCAGAUUCUGGUAGAAUUACAGUUGAUGGAAUUGAUAUGAAAGAUAUAAAUCCAACUGCUUGGAGAAGAUCAAUUGGAACUGUUGGACAAGAACCUGUAUUAUUCACUUGUUCAAUUCGAGAUAAUAUUCUGUUAGGUGCUGAAAAUCCAGAAAAAGUUAGCGAUGAACAAUUGGAAGAAGCUGCCACGUUGGCAAAUGCUAUUGAUUUCAUAAAUUCGUUUGAGAAUGGUUUCGAUACAAUGGUUGGAGAAAAUGGAUGUAAAUUGAGUGGUGGACAAAAACAACGAAUUGCAAUUGCUAGAGCAUUGAUUUCAAAACCGAAAAUUCUGAUUUUGGACGAAGCGACAAGUGCUUUAGAUGCUACUUCGGAUUAUUUGAUUAGAAUGACCCUUAAUAAUCUUCUUAGAAAUCAUGAUCUAACAGUUUUAUGCAUUGCUCAUCGAUUAGCAACAAUGCAACAAGCUGACAAUGUUGUAUAUGUGAAUCGCGGAAGAAUUGAAGGACAAGGAUCAUUUGAGGAAAUGAUGAAGAUUCAGAGUAGCAUAGUUGAAAAAGAAGCUAGAAAAAGAGGAAUUCCCAUGACAGAUGAGAUGAGUAAAGUGUUAACUGCAAACUCUUAG